AUGCCUAGUGUAGAUUUAGAAUAUUCGAAAGUUGUUCCAAUAUUGGAUCAAACGAUAAAGAACGAUAGUAUCAUUUCAACACCAUACGGGCUUUCAAUUCUAGAAAUACAGGGGGUUCUCAAUCUACCUUCUGAACCUCAUGGCGAUGCUGAAUUUAUAAAGGUUGACGAAAUCUAUGAUGCGGUCAAAUUUGGUAGAUUACAAUUUGAUGAAAAAAAUGAAAAGAAGGUGACAUUGUUCGUAAGCAAUUCCCAGAGAUUGUUGGGAACAAUUGAAGAUCUCGAUGUUCCACUCGGGGUGUUAAAGAUUCCUAAUGAAGAAAGCACAAUCACUAUGAUCGAUAUCAUAAAGAAAAAGAUUAUCUUCAAGCAAAGACCUUUGCCUAUCAUGUAG